GUGGUUUAAUUAGGUAUAUGAAUAUUUAAUUAGUACAAUGGAAUCUGUGAAUGAGAUUGUUAGGAAAGUGAAGGAAAGUGAAGUCAAUUCAAAUGGAAUAAUUGAUUUAUUUGAAUUAAUAAAGGAGGAUGAUCCUCAGUCAUUAGUUACAGCUGCAAUUCAUGGAUUAGUUGAUAUAUUUAAACACUACAUAGUGAAUCAUUCAGAAUGGUUUACUAACACUAAUACCCAUACCAGCUCUACUGCUAAUAACUCUCUUCUUUUGAGCAGUGACAUGAGUAUGGCAUCAAAUUUAUACCCUUUGUGGUUGAGAUCAAAAUACCAGCUGUCACUUACGACCUUUUUGGAUUAUAUUAGCAUCUCUCCUUAUCAAGUUACUGUCCUUAAUGAACUGAUGGGUUUGCUCCAGUGUUUUGGGAGUGUCAAGACCACACCCACCUUGAAAGAAUACAACUUCCCCAAUGACUUGUUCCUUCGUAUAAUCUCCUCAAUCCUCACAGCUGGAAACCAGGAACUAACUUUCUACUUUAUCAAUAAUUAUAUUCAAUAUACUGACGUUAAGUAUUUCACACUGAAGAACAUUAGUUCUAUCAUUGGCACAAAAUUGGACACAGCAUAUAGAAGUCGUGGCUCCGUUUCUAUGGAGUUUGGUGGCAAUGUAUACCAGCUGUUGAAACAAAUCAUGAUAAAGAAAGAUAAAGACAAGAAGAAUAAAGACCCAAAGGAGGAAGACGAUGGAAUGCAGUAUUUUGUGACGGAUCCAAAAGAUUUUAAAAACCAACAAGCCAUUGACGUGAAGACACAUGAAAAACACUCCAAAGUAUUUUCUAAAGCAUGGCUGCUAUUUCUUCAAUUGCCAUUACCUCCCAGCAUCCACAAGAGUGUGUUACUUUCUCUUCAUUCUCAAGUCAUGCCCCACAUGAAUAAGCCACACCUACUCGUUGAUUACCUCGUUGGAUGUUACGAUCAAGGUGGAGUUUACAGCAUCCUAGCAUUGAAUGGUCUCUUUAUAUUGAUGCAUCAUUACCACAUUGAGUACCCUCAUUUCUAUCAGAAGUUAUACAGUCUCUUACGACCGGAUAUAUUCACUGUCCCGUAUACUCCAAGGUUCUUUAGGCUCCUCAAUGUCUUCCUUACCUCAAGUCAUCUCCCUUUGUAUCUUGUUGCUUCCUUUGCUAAGAAGAUUGCCAGACUCUCUCUCUCUGCUCCUCCAGAAGGUAUUAUGUUGGCAAGUGUUUUGGUCAUUAAUUUGAUAAGAAGACAUCCAAACUGUCGUGUCCUACUGCACAGAAGCACAACAGAAGUAUUUGAGAUUGAUUCUGAUCCUUUCCUAAUGGACGAAGCAGAUCCUUCUCUCUCCCGUGCUCUGGAGAGUUGCCUCUGGGAAUUAAAAACUCUACAGUGUCACUAUCAUCCUGCUGUAUCAUCAUUAAUGAAUCGACUCCUUGAUCCAGAGAAACAAGACAAAGAGGAACCACUUCACCCACACCUUCAGCUAACAUCCAAACAGCUGUUCAUCAAUGAAUUGAGUUCCAGUGAUGCUGAUGAUGAAACUAGUGCCAUUCCUUUCAACUUUACUAGUCCAACCACUUUCUGGGGAACUUUUUCAUAAAUAUGUCAUGACUAAUCUAUUACACUUGCAUAAUAAUUAUUGCAGACAAAAUAAAUUAAAAUUUAAUAAUAAUAACAUUAAAAGAUGUACAGUACAAUCCUC